AUGAAAUGGCUAAAUUCUUUGAUAAUGUACCUAUACAUGAAAUAAUCAUCGAAGGUCUAGAAACUCAUUCUAUAAAAGACAGAGAAUAAUAUGAAGAAGGUAAGUUUAUAUAUUUGUUAAUAAAGAUUGAACUUGUGAAUGGAGAAGUAAAGUCACUUACUGGUUAUGGAAAAUCUUAUAUUGGCAACAAAGUUGAAUCAUUUACUUUUAAAUAACAUAUUUUAGAAGUCUUAUCAUUCCUAUGGAGAUUUGAAAUCUUAAUGAUUAUGGUCUACAUUAUUAUUAGUUGGGUUCUUUAAGAUGAUGCUGCUAGGUAUAUAAAAUUUGAAUAUUCGAAAGUAAUUUAGUUGUUUUGUUUCAAAGCAUUGUAUUGCUUUUAGAUUACAGUCUUUAUGUAACAAAAUGUCUUCUUAAAUUUCGUAAUUUUAGAAUAAUCGAAUCAUAAUUGAAUGAAUAGAGAUAUUUUAUAUUAGAGAACUUUAUUCAUUCCAAAGAACCUUUGGCAUCAGAUUCAUCUGAAGAUAUAAAUACUUAUUUCUAUCCAUAAAAAUAAGUAUUAAGAGAAUAGAUUAAAGUUGGUGAUAUUGUUAUCUUAUAAAAAACACAUGAAUGUCCUGCAGAUGUUUUGCUUCUAGAAUCAAGUCAACAGAUGGUACAUAUAGAUUAAAAUGAAUUUGGUAUUUCAACACCUAAAAUAACAAUUCCUUGUUAAUCUACAUUUAGUAAAUGAAAUUUUUAUCAUAGUAUAACCAAAAUCAGAUACAAAAGGAUUGUUGGUGGAAUUCAAAUUAACUUUAAAUGGAUAAAUUUAGUAUUCCUAUUUAUUUGGUAAGAAAUCCAGUUUGAUGGGUAUGAUAAAAUUAAAAAAUGAUCCAAAAGUGUUUAAAUUUAAUUAGGAUAAUAUUAUUUUUAGUGGAGAAAAGCUUUUAAAUACAGAUUGGGCAUUAGGAAUAGUUUUAGUAGCAGGAAAUAAUUGUUUACGUAUUUAUAAGCCAAGCAAACAUAAAAGAUAAAAGUCAUUAUUUUUUAUUGGCAUGAUUAUUCUUGGAUAUGUUAUAAGUUUGGUAUAUGAUAUAGUAAUUUUAGCUUGGUAAUCUAAUUUAUAAAUCAAAUUAUGGUAUCCACUUAUGUUUUAAUUCUAUGUUACUUCCAUUAUAUGCUAUAUUUUAUAAAGAAUUUGUUUAGAUUUUUAAUUAUAUUAAAUAACCAAGUAUUUAGAAGAAAGUGAAUCCAAUUAAUGCAAUAGAAUAAGGAAAUAAUUAAGGGAAGGACAGUAAAUAAUUAUAUAAAAUUUUAAGUUGUCUAAGAUGAUAAACAUAUUUGGAUUGAAUUUAAUAGAGUAAAGAAUAUGACUGAAAUCUAUUCAUAAAAUAAAUUAUCAAAAUAUGAUAACAUUAAAGAUUUUUCAAUUAUGAUGUAAUAAACAAAUGUAAUAACUAAAUAUUAAUUAUUAUUAUAGUAUUGGAAAUGUUCAAAAGUGAAUUUAGUAUGUUUAGAAUUGAAUCAAUAAUAUUUUCAAAAGAAAAGGAAAAUCUAAUCAAUUUAUAUUGAUGAUAAACAAUACACAUUUAAAUAUAAAUAAUUAGUAGCUGUAAUGAAUAAUAAUUAAAUAUAAUUGGGAGAUAAUUACUAUAAAACUUUAUUAGAUACUGGUAGAGAAAAUGAUAUAUUUGAUGAAGAUAAGAAAGAUUAUAGUGAAUUAAUUAAUUCACAUCCUUAUUCUCCACAUAAUCAAGAGGAACGAUAAAAUUAUGGAAUUAGUACAAAUUUAUAAUUUUCACUUUCAAAAAAAACUAUUGAUGCUUCUUAAUAAAAAAAAUUAAAGAACUCUUUAGGUAAAACUAUAUCAUUUAGAACAAAAGUUGUUAAGAGUGGAGGUGAUUAAAGUUCUUCUAUUAAUUAAUUAUAAAAACAAUAAUUAAAUGAAUAAUAAUUUAUUACUUAAUUAUUUGAUGAUUUUGAUAAUUAAUAUCAUGAAAGAAUUGUUGCAUUAUUACUAUUAUGUGAAAUAGAGAAUAAAUAUAAUGAAUAAAAAAAAACAAUAGAAACUUAUUGUAAAAAUCCAUAAGAUUAUAUUUUAAUUGAAUUUUGCAAUCUCUUAGAAUACAAACUUAAAUGUAGUAUUGAAGCUGAACGUUAAAUUUAUGAUAUAUAUCUAAAAACUUAACUAAAAAUCAUUGAAAUUUAAGGCAAAUUAAAAUAAUAUAAGAUCUUAAGUGAAAAUAAAUAAACUAAAAAUAGAAUAGGAGUCUAUUCAGUACUAUUAAAAGACCCAGAAGAAUUCAAUGAAGAUGAAGGUGCACUUCUAUAUAUCAAAAUUGAAACAUCUCAAAUGUAUGAAAAUACUCAUAUGAAUAUCAAUGUAUUAGAAAUUAAUUCAACAUUGUAUUAUAUGUUGAAAUAGGGGUAAUAACCAACUCUCUAUUUAAAAAAAUAACUCAAAAAGAGUGAAGCUAAGUAAUUCCUAUUAAAUAAAAUGAAUAUUAUGAAUUCAUAUACAGCAGAUGAAGAUUAAUUAGAAUUAUUAUAUUUACAAUUGGAAUCAUAAGCUGAAUUAUUAAUGAUUAUUGGAUCUCAUGCAAAAAUAGAUCAAAGUGCACUUCUAACAAUAGAUGCUUUUUCAUAAGCAAAUGUAUUUUUUUAGUAAAAUAUCAUCUUUAGCUAAAUACAUGGUUAAUUUCUGCUGAAAGUUAAUUUGUAGUUUUAAGGUUUUUGUUUGAUGCAAAAUUUAUUGAAAAUGAAAAUGAUUUAAAUUAAUUUAAUUCUGGAGAUGAAAGAACAUUGAAAUUUGUAAUUUAAAGUGCUUGUUCAAAUUUGAUAAAGUAAUAAAGGUAAAUUUAAUAAUUAAAUAUAAGAAUAUUUGAAGCAUAAGACAUUGAUAAAAAGUAUAUACUCUUAAGUUGUGAAGCCUUAUUAACUAUUAUUAAAGAUGAAUUUCUUUUAAAUCAUUUUGCAAUAAUUGUUUGGUUUAGUAGAGGAUUAGCUUUAUAUGAUAGUUAGGAAAUCUCAAAGGUAAAAUUAUUUAAGAUUGCUAAAAAACUAAAUAUGUAAAUUGGAUAUAUUGGAAGUUGUGCUAAUACUCAAAGAGUUUAUAAUAUGAGUUAAAUAUCAAUUGACAUAAACCCAAAAUGCUAUACAUAAUCCAAACCUUGUUAUUUAGUUAACUCUUUAAGAUGUGCAGAAUCUAUUUUAAUAUCUUAAUGUAUAAGUUCAUCUCUGCUGGCCUAACAAAUUCUAUACUUUUGGCUUUACGAAAUGAUUCUAUUUGUGUUAAUCAAUUUCAUAAAUUAAGGGUAAUUUUUAACUUAAAGUUGUAACAUCCUCCUUCUAUUAAGUAAAACAUUUACAGUAAUGAUUCAAUUAAUAUCUCACAAUAAAAGAUUUAAAACAUCAGAAGUUUAUUAUAAGGGAUUAAUACCAUAAAGAUGUUUAGUAAAGGCUUUGUUUAAUAAAGAUUCAUUAAUUAAGAUAUUUUUUGUUGGUGUGAUUGAUGCAACAAUUGUUAGUAUUCCUUUGUAUGCUACAAAAUAUUUAUAUGGAGAUUCCAAUUAUUUGCCAAUAUCAUAAUUUGCUUUUAUAAUUACUUUAGAAUUAAUCGUUAAAAUAUAAUUAUAUUUCUAAAUAUUUGAAUAAUAAUAUAAAUAGCUUUUAGGUUUAUUAUUAUUAAGUGUAUUUAUUGUUGCUUUAGUCACAUUUUUAACUAUUCCUGAUUAUAGUGAUUAUAAAGUAUCUUACUCAGAUUUGUUUUAUAGUCCUGGAUAUAUAAUAAGAAGUUUAAUAUUUGUUUACAUAUUUGCAUUUGUAUUUAAAUUUGCAGUCACUUCUAUAUUAUAAUUGUACAAUUUAGAGAUGUUUUAAGAUACUUUGAUUACUGAUGAAUCAAAUUUUAAAUGUAUUGAAUAGACAAAGAAAUUGAGAACAACUAAAUAAAGUUUGUAGUUGUCUAUUUAAUAAAGAAAAAAAUUUAUCAAAUCUAUUUUAGCAGAUAACAAUUAGAUGGACGAUUCAAUUUAUAAGGCUUUAAAUAAUAAUAUUAAUAAUGAUGAAUAAAUAGAAUUGAAGAAAAAUUUGACUUUCAAUCAAAAAGAAUUUGAAAUUAGAUAUCAAGAAUCUAUGAGUCAGAAUUCAAUCUUAUAUAUCAUCUUUGAAGCUACUAUCUUUGUUAAUCUAUUGAUUUAAAUUAACUAUAUUGAAAAGAAUAUAGCAAUCUAUAUUCUAUGGGGUGUGUAACUAUUCUAUAGUAUUACAAUUUAUAUUCUAUAAUAUUUAGAAAUAACACCUCGUAAAAUCUAAUAAAACUUACAAUUAAUAAGUAUUUUAAGUAGAUUUUUAUUUUAAUUUAUUACAAUAUUCUUAUUGGAUUAAGAUUACAUAAUGAAUUAAAUAAUUUUUACAUCUAUAUUUAUGAUAAUUCUGUUAGGUUAUUCAAUAAAAUUAAGUCUAAAAUUUAAAGGUACAAUAAUCCUUAUAAGUUUAAUAAGUUUGGGAGUAGUAUUGAAAUUCAUAAUACCCAAAUAUGAAUAUUUCCCAUAAAAAUAGAUAAUGUUUGUUAUAGCAUUAAUAAUUAUAUGUAGUUUAUCAAGUUUAAGUGGAUAUUAUUUAUGUUAUGUUAAUGAAUAUUUGAGGAGACAAAACUUUUUAUUAUAAGAAUAAUUGGAAAAGGAAUAGAAGAAAUUGAAUGAUGCUUUGGGAAUAUUGAUGCCAAGAUUUAUUAAAGAAAGGAUGGCUAGGGGAUAUAUAUAAAUACAGGAAGAUUAAGGACCUGUCACAAUCUUAUUUUGUGAGAUCUGUGAUUUUGAUGAUAUUAUUGAAUCUGAAAAAGUUUCAAUAAUAAGUUUUCUGGAUUCUAUUUAUAGAACUUUCGAUACAAUAUGCAAUCAGUAUAAUAUUUAAAAGAUUGAGACAGUAGGAUAGAUUUAUGUUUGUGCAUCUGGAUUAAAAGACUAUGAUAUAAUAGAUAAAUAAUCAAAAAAUUCAACUUAAAAAAUGAUUGAAUGUGCAAUAGCAAUGAUGGAAUCAACAAAUAAUUUAAAAUAUUAAGAUAAAUAGAUAAUUAUAAAGAUUGGAAUUAAUUAUGGAAAUGUGAUGGCAGGAGUUAUUGGUUAACAUAAACCAUAAUUUUCAUUGAUAGGAGACACUGUAAAUACUACUAGUAGAGUAUGUACAGUCUGUGAACCAGGUAGGAUUUCAUUAACUGAAAGUGCAUUUAUAAGAGUAAGACAAAUGAAGUAUUAAUUUUAAGUUAAAGAAAUCAAUAUAAAGAAUAUUUAUGUGCUCUAUUCAUUAGUAAUUAAUAAAAAAAGUACUUUUGCAACAAAAGUUGACAAAUCACCUAUUAUUAAAUUGGUUAGUUCAAUUUAAUUUAAAAAAUUAGAUUCAAAUGAUAAACCACUGAUUAAUGAUCUUAUGACAAAUGCUGUUAAUCCUGCAGGUUUCUAAUUUGAUAUUGCAAGAAAAUCAUCAAUGUCUAGAAAUAAAUCUGUUUAUUAAUUACCUGUUGAAUAAUUUGGUAAAGUAAUAUAAGAUGUAAUCACAGCUAAUAAAUUAUUAUGUAAUUAUUUAAUAUUAAAUAAUAGAGGAUAUAUCUAAUAGACGUAUAACUAUGCAUAGAAAAAGUAGAGUCACUAGAUUUAAAGAAGUGAAUCCUUAAAUGAUGUCAUCACAUGAUUAGAUCUAAUAAUAAUAAUAACAAUAAUAAUAAUAAUAAUAAUAAUAAUAAAAGAAAGAUGAUCCAUUAGGUGAUCAAUUUGGUGAUCUAUUUGAUAAUUUAAAAAUAGCUGAUUCUUAAAAAAAUAUUGAUGAUUUAUUAUCAAAAAGUCCAUAGAAUAAUGUUAAAAGCUAGAAAUCAUUAUAAAAUAAUAAUAAUAAUCAUUUAUUUGAUUCUACACUAUAAUAAGAAGAAAAGAUUGAAAUUCCAAAAUUAUAAUAACUGAUUGGUAAUCAAGAGAAGAUUGAAACUGAUAUUAUGUAAGAAUUGAUUAGAGUCAAAUGUGACUUUGGUACCAAUCAAGCUAGAAGAGUAUAUUUUAGACAAUUCAAAUAUAAAGAAAUGAUAAGGAUCUAUAAUCAUAAAUUGUUUUAGGAUACUGUUUAGUAUUGUCUGAUUCUCUUUAUCUAUUUGAUGAUAUUUUAAUUGCCUAUCUUAUUUGCUUUAAUGGAAUAUAAGUAAUAUUUGGGAGUCAAUCUCACUAUUGAAGGAUUAAAGAUUGCAUUCUAUUUAAUGAGUUGUAUAGUUGUUCCUUUUUGCCUAAGAGAUGCUUAUAAAUAUAUCUUCUAAAUAAGUAUGAUCAUAGGUUAUUUCAUCUGUAUUUUAUUUACUAUAAUAACAAUCAUUAUUAAUGAUCCAAUAGAAAGAUCAUAUAUCACUCUAAUCUUAGCUUAUACUUUAUGUUUGGGAUACUUUUUAAGAGCCUUACCUUAUUUCACUUCUCGUCAUAGAAAACUACUAUUUAUAUUGAAAUAUAUAAAUAUAAUAUUCAUACUUUCCUUUUCUAAUGAAUGGAAUGAAACUAUUAUUUUUAUUCUUACAAUAGAAAUAUUUAUUCUUUUUUAAAGAAAUCAAAAUGAAGAUCUACUUUAUUAGAAUUAUAAUAUUCAUGAUCAACUUUUAUAAUAAUAAUAAGAAUAAAAUAAAAUUAUUAGUCAUCUUUUACCCUCUCAUAUUUUAUAAUAAUAUUUUAAAGAAUAAGAUACCAUACCUGAUGUAUUUGAAAAUGCUACCAUCCUUUAUGCUGAUAUAGCUGGCUUUACAAAAUAUUCUACUAGUGUUGAUGCUUAAUAAGUAUUAUAAAUGUUAAGUUCACUUUUUAAUAAGUUUGAUGUGGCUUGUACUGAGAAUAAUGUUUAUAAAUUAUAUUCAAUUGGAGAUAGUUAUGUUGUCUUAGGAGUUUUAGAUGCUAAUAAUGGAAUCAGAGAGGAAGAAGCUUAUAAUGUAGUCAAUCUUGGUUUUCAAUUACUAGAUAUUGUUAAUUUAUUAAAGAAAAAUAUUCAAUAUCCUGAUAUCAAUAUGAGAAUAGGAAUACAUACUGGAAAUAUAAUUGGUGGCAUUGUAGGAACAGAUAUUGUGAGAUAUGAUAUUUAUGGAUCAGAUGUUGCAUUAGCAAAGAAAAUGGAAUAGAAUUCAUAAAUUGGUAGAAUCAUGGUGUCAGAGGAUACUAUGAAAUUCUUAGAUGCAACUUACACUGGAGAAUUUAGCUAUGUUUUUGCUAAUUAGAUUGAACAUCGUAAUAGGAUUAUUUAGGGCUAUUAUAUAGACAAAGUAUAAGCUGAAGAAUGA